UAAAUUUAACCUCAAUUUUCAUUGUUAAAAUAAAUUAAAAUGAAUAAUAAUAUUUCAAGUUCGAAAAAUAUAGUAAGUUCAGAUUCAAUAUUAAAAUAUGAUGAUAUAGAAUACCCUGGGGAGUGUCCUAGUAGCUCAGAUAUUUUUUCUGAUGAAAGUUUAAUUGAUGAAACAUCAAAUCCAGGUUGUUCAAUAAACAAUUCUAUUUUGUCACCACGUUUAACAACUAAAGCUCCAAGCAAUGAUUCAAUUGGCCAAAAUAUUUCUUCAAUUUCUAUCAAAUUUAAUGAAUCCAGUACAUCCAUGUUAAAAAAAGAAACUGUAAAUAAUGAUGAAGCUAUUGAUGUUUCAAAUUUAAGCAUCGAGAAUAAAACUGACAAUGAUGAAAAUAAUAAAAUCCAUGAAAGUGAUAAAGAAAAAUUAGAAGAAUCAAUAGCAAUCAAUGACAAGACACCACAACGUAAUUUAGCUAAUGAUUAUCAAGCCAAUGACAUUGACGAAUAUGCUGAUAUAUUGGAAAAAGUAUAUGGCUCUAAUGUAAAAGAUAAAUUGAUAAAAAAUUUAGAAACACCACAACGUAAUUUAGCUACUGUUGAUCCAGUUAAUGACAUUGAUGAGUAUUCUGAUUUAUUAGAAAAAUUAUACGGCUCUAAUGUGAAGGAUAAAUUAAUAAAAAAUAUAAAAACAGAUGAAAAAAGAAAAAAACUGGUUGUUAAUACAAAACGAUUAACACAAACAGAGCCAACAAAAAAAAAUACUAGACGAGGUAAAAUAGAAUAUUUGACUAGCUCGAGUAGUUCGCAAGAUGACGAUGACGAUGACGAUGAUGAUGAUGAUGAUGAUGAUGAUGAUGAUGAUUUGAUAAAUAAAAAGACAAGGCAAUAUUUAAAUAUAACUCCAACUGAAAGUAAGACAAAAAAAAUUACAUUUGAUGGAUUUGAGGAUAGUUUUAUCAACGAUUCAUCUGAAUCUGAAGGAGAAGACAUAGACUACUUACCAAUUACACCAAUUUCAAUUAAAUCAGGUAAAAGACUUCCAAAAGAAACACCAAUGUCAGAGUUAACUAGAAAAGCAAGGGCAAUAUGUGAUUCAGACACUGAAGAUGAAGAUGCUAGUGAUUCUGUUCACAAUAAAUGUUUGUCAUUUAGUGAUUUAUCAAGUGAAGAAAUUGAAAAAAAAACACCAAAAAUUAUUAAAAAUAUAUCAAAAAAAACACCAAAAAAAAAAAAUCAUUUAAAAGCAUCUGAUAAACCUGUUAAGAUCAAAAGUUUUUUAGCAUCAUUAUCUGAUUCAGUUCCAAUUGAACGAUGUCAUCCUGAUGCUAAAAAAUACAAAGGAAAUUUUAAAAAUACAAAAGAAGAAUUAACAAAAAAAUUGUAUGAUUAUUUUAAUGAAAAUGUUUUUGAUAAUUGUCUACCAGAAGACACAGAGCUUGUAUGGAAUCCAAGAUUGCUAACAACUGCUGGUAGAUGUGAAUAUAAUUCUAAGAAUAUUGAUGGAAAAAUAAUAAAAUAUUGUAUAAUUGAAUCAUCACCUAAAGUAUUGGAUAAUGCAGAAAGACUUGCUAACACAUUGAUCCAUGAAAUGUGUCAUGCUGCGACGUAUUUAAUUGAUAAUAAAAGUAAUGAAAAACAUGGUGUAUUUUGGAAAAGAUGGGGACGAAAAGUAAAUAGAAUAUUUCCAGAACUUGAACCAGUUAAAAGAUGUCAUCAAUAUAAAAUUAUGAAAAAAUAUUUGUAUCGUUGUGUUGGAUGUGGAGCGAGUUUUGGAAGACACUCAAAGUCUGUUGAUGUCAAUAGAAAAUGUUGCGGUCGUUGUAGAGGAAAAUUUGAAGUAUUAUUAAUAAAAGUUAAUAAAAAUGGACUUGAGCUAAAAAAAUCACAAGAAAGAGCUCCAUCAGCAUUUGCACUUUAUGUCAAGAAUAAUUAUGCAAAAAUUAAAAAACAACAUACUGGUGUACCACAUAAAGAUGUUAUGAAAAUUUUAGGACAAAUGUAUACAAAUUUAAAAACUGAUAAUGCUGAUUUGGAAAAAAUUAGUCAACAAAUUACAGCUAUUAAUAUUAAUGGUACAUCAAAUCAAGCUGUUGAUGCAGAUACUUUAACUUCUUCAAAUAAAAAUUAAUUGUAUUGACAUGAAU